CUUUUUGUCACCACAAGCAAUUCUCUAGUGACUUUUCCACCAAAAAACACAAAGAAACCAAUAAAUUCAGCAUUUAAAUAUUUGAUCAACAACAUUACUGUCAUAACAUCUUAAAACAAUGGCAUUCAGAAGCAAUGAGAUGCUGCUAGUGCUAAGCAUGUUCUUUGUUCUAGUGUCUCUUUGGGGUGUCACAGUGGCACAACAAACUGACUCAAGUUGCACCAAUGUGUUCAUAAGUCUUUCUCCAUGCCUUGACUACAUCACAGAACAAACUUCCACUCCUUCUUCUGCUUGCUGCUCACAGCUUGCUUCUGUUAUGGGGUCACAGCCACAGUGUCUAUGCGAGGUUGUUAAUGGCGGUGCUGCUUCGUCUAUUGCUGCUAGUUUUAACAUCAAUCAAACCCGCGCUUUGGCUCUUCCAACUGCUUGUAAUAUCCAAACACCUCCUAUUAACACUUGCAACGGCUCAGCUUCUUCCUCUUCUCCUCCCGCAGGUAUUUCGAUUUCCAACAUUCCGAAUUCUCCUUCAGGGAGUUUUUCAUCAACUACUGGAACAACUGGAAGUAUUCGAGGCUCAUCGUCGUCUUAUAGAACAUCAUCAAGUUCUGGAAAAUUACAAUGUUCUUUGCUUGUUCUGGUUAUCUUUGCAAAAUUCACAUUCAUAUUCAUGACCACUACUUAGGUUGCGUCGUGCUUGUUUUUGUAAACCUUAUUAGUAUUGUCUAAAUUCUACUUAUUUUUAGUACACCCUUUGUUUUUCUCCCUAACACGUUAACCGUGUCAUAUGAUAAAAGUCACACUAGUUAUGUAAUUAGAAAUCAGAAAACAUGUAUGCUUGAA